ACAUGCGAUAAUGGCAACUGUAUACCUAGAAUUUAUAUUUGCGACGGUGAUAAUGAUUGUCUGGACAACAGUGAUGAGGAUAGCAGGCAUCAGUGCAACGACCGCAAAUGUGAUGAGGAGACGGAAUUCACUUGCUUGGAAAAUAAAGCUUGGGGUCGUGCACAAUGCAUACCGAAGAAAUGGAUAUGUGACGGCGAUCCGGACUGUGUGGAUGGCGCUGACGAAAACACAACAUUACAUAACUGCGCCACUCAACAACCCUGCGGCGAAGACAUGUUCACUUGCGACAAUGGCCGGUGCAUCAAUAAGGGCUGGACUUGCGAUCACGACAACGAUUGCGGUGACGGCUCUGAUGAGGGUAAGUUCUGCAGCUCUAAAUACAAAAGUUGCUCGGAUCAGGAGUUCACGUGUCAGAACUUCAAGUGCAUACGGAAUCAAUACCGCUGCGAUGGCGAGGAUGAUUGUGGUGAUCACUCCGAUGAAGUGGGUUGUAAGAAGGAUAACACAACAUGUCCGAAUGGGCAAUUUACCUGCACGAAUGGCCAAUGUAUUGACUAUCAUUUGGUGUGCAACAAAGUCCCCGACUGUGCCGAUGAGUCAGAUGAGCCAGCGCAUUGUAAUGUAGACGAAUGUGCAAAGGUUGAGAUACAUCAGUGCGGACACAAGUGCGUAGAUACGUUGACGAGCUACUACUGCGACUGCAAUCAAGGCUACAAACUCAUGCCCGACGGCAAGGCCUGCGCUGAUAUUGACGAGUGUCUUGAGCUCCCAGGCGCCUGCUCGCAACAUUGUUCC